AUAUCUUAGUUAUUAGUUUGAUAAAAUACAAAUUGCUAUAAAUUAAUUAUAGUUCUUCUUUGUUUAUUUAGAGUUUUAUAAAACAUAACAUCAGAGAUUUGUUUAAAAUUUGUUUUGUUUUUUAAUUAGUUGUGCAAAUUGCUACAAAUAUGGCCAAUGGCUUAUUGAUUACACCUGCACACGUGGAAGCUGUGUUGAAAUGUGACACUAUAUCUGAUUUUCAUAACCACCUUAAAGAAAAAAACGCAUUUGUACCUAGCAACACCAUUAAACUUAAAGAAACCGAACCAAAAGUAAUUAAACAAAAGGUUACCAUUAAGAAUAACAUAGAAUUUAAGAAUUUUGUAAAGCAAAAACUUAUCUCAGAAACCAGGGUCCUAAGAGAUCCCAGACUACCACUGAUUAAAAAACUGAAUGCAAAUCGGGCUAUUUGUUCAAAACCUGCCAUUCUUUCAGGCAGUUUGAUAACUGAAAAGGGGAAAAUAACAGAUGACGUGUUGAACUCUAAAACUACUUCUGAUCCUGAAAAGCCAGAAAGUUCAGUGAUGAAGAGGCUUUCAGAAAUAGAGCAUGGUAGGAGAGGUGAAGAAGAAAUAACUUAUCAGAAGAUAGAAGAGAUAGCAAAAUCUAUGAUGAAAAAAUCUCUGAAGAGGAGUGUGGUCGAAAAAUAUGGAUCGGUUCUGGAUGAUCCUUUAGAGACGAUGCGGAUGAUGAGACUCCUCAGGCUCAAGAAGAAGCCUUUUUAUAACAAUGUUCCAAUAUUUGCACACUUCAAAGAAAUUGCAAAUUUUGAAAAAGAACUACUGGAUCAAGGAAUUUUUUUCUAAAAUUUUCAUAAAAAAUAAAUAAAAUAGAAACUCUAA